AUGCCAGCUGCAAAACUUCAGAUGGAGGGCGAGGUGCUUUCAGAGCGUACCCAAGCUCUGCUCCAAAAGGAGAAGACAUACUCUGCUGGUGGCUUUGGACCCCUCCCUGGCUUCAUUGUCUCAGCCAAGGGCUCGACACUUACUGAUGUUGAUGGUAAAGAGAUAAUCGACUUUGCCAUUAGCAUGGGCACAGUCAAUCUGGGUCACUGCAACCCAACAAUUACCAAGGCAGUUGUAGACGCCAUCCAAACAUCCUUUCAAACCAACAUCGCUGUUCAGGACAGCCGAUGGCCUAUCCUUGCUGAGACACUAUGUCAGAAGCUCGGCUACGACAAGGUUGCCUCCAUGUGCUCAGGCGCUGAAGCUGCGGAUGCCGCUGUUAAGAUUGCUCGAAAAUGGGGCAUCGAGCGUAAAGGUAUUGAAGCAUCUGAACUGCUCGUUCUGGGAUGCUCAGAAAACUACCAUGGUCUUUCAUCGGGAAUCUGGCCAAUUAUGACACCUGGCUGUGGUCAACAAGAGUAUGGAAUUACGAGUACGAAUGUUAUCAACUUUAACCCUGAAACUGGGAACUCGCUUCGCUAUGGACAUGUCGAGGAUUUUGAGCAGGUCAUUGCCAAAUACCAUAAGCGGAUUGCCGCAAUCAUGAUGGAGCCGAUUCAUGGGGGCCUUCGAACCUUUCAGGAGGAAAUUGAAUUCGCAACCAGUGUUCGCAAGCUCUGUAAAGAGCAUAAUAUCCUGUUCAUCGCCGACGAAGUCCGCAUGGGAUCAGGAAAGACGGGCAAGUUCCUCUGUUCGCAGUGGCUUGACUGCGAGAAACCAGACAUUGUCGUUCUCGGAAAGUCUAUCUCAGGUGGUGCCUUUCCAGCAUCGUACAUCCUUGGCUACGACGACACAAUGACCCUUAUCAGACCCAAUCAGUCAGCCAGCACAUACGCUAUGGGACCAGCAGCAAAUGCAGCCACUCUCGCCGCCCUGAGUCUUUACAAUGACGAUAAGAUAAUAAACAGGGCAAGGGUUAUCGAAGAGAAGUGGUUGAAGCUAACAUCUACUUGGAACUAUCCUUUCAUCCAAUACUGCACCGCCCGUGGUGGCGAUAUUGUCAUUCUUCUCAACGAGGGACUUGGAGGCGUCACUGCCCGUCGUCUCGCUCGUUUGGCUUACCAACGGGGUGUCCUGGUGUACCCCCAGAAGCCCCGUGUUCGAUGCAGUAUUUCUCUUACUGUAACUGAUGAGGAGUUGGAUCGGGGUUUUGGUAUUUUGACCACGGUUAUGGAUGACAUAGGCUCUUUUGGCGAGAUACCAGGAUCUACGCAUGCUGUCGAUGAGGUUGAUGCUGGCUUUUAG